UGAGCGCUGACUGGAGCGAGCGGCGGAGCAGAGAGCCCACGGGGUUGGCGCUGAGGCAGCCGGCGGGGCGGCCCGCGGGGCAGGGCAGAUGUUUCUGGGCCAGAUGAAGCCUGAGGAGCCGUCCAGCUCUAAGAUAGGAUAGUAAAACUCCUAAGUCCGGAUCUGCAGAAGACUUGCCUGCCUCUCAGCACGAUGUCAGGAAGCCACGUACCUUCUGCCAGUGGCCCCUUCUCAGCCCUGACUCCAAGCAUAUGGCCUCAGGAGAUCCUGGUCAACUACAUGCAGAAGGAGUCAGAGGAGCAACCGGAGUUCUACUACGAUGAGUUCGGUUUCCGUGUGGACAAGGAAGAAGGUGCUGAGCCUGGCUCCAGUCCGCUGAUGAAUGUCUGUCUGAUGGAGGACCCUCCGCAGAGGCUGCGUUGGCAGGCCCACCUGGAGUUCACUCAUAACCAUGACGUUGGGGAUCUCACUUGGGACAAGAUUGCAGUCUCCCUACCACGCUCUGAGAAGCUGCGCUCCCUGGUGCUGGCUGGCAUCCCACACAGUAUGAGGCCGCAGCUGUGGAUGCGGCUCUCUGGGGCCCUGCAGAAGAAGAGGAACUCCGAACUGUCCUACCGUGAGAUUGUGAAGAACAGCUCCAAUGAUGAAACCAUUGCUGCCAAACAGAUUGAGAAAGACCUGCUCCGCACCAUGCCCAGCAAUGCCUGCUUCGCCAGCAUGAACAGUGUCGGGGUGCCCCGCCUGCGCAGGGUCCUCCGAGCUCUGGCCUGGCUCUACCCAGAGAUUGGCUACUGCCAGGGCACGGGCAUGGUGGCUGCCUGCCUCCUGCUCUUCCUGGAGGAGGAGGACACCUUCUGGAUGAUGUGCGCCAUCAUCGAGGACCUGCUCCCAGCCUCCUACUUCAGCACCACCCUGCUGGGCGUGCAGACUGACCAGCGGGUCCUGCGCCACCUCAUCGUCCAGUACCUGCCUCGCCUGGACAAGCUGCUCCAAGAGCAUGACAUCGAGCUGUCCCUGAUCACGCUGCACUGGUUCCUCACGGCUUUUGCCAGUGUGGUGCACAUCAGGCUGCUGCUGCGGAUCUGGGACCUGUUUUUCUACGAGGGGUCUCUGGUGCUGUUUCAGACCACGCUGGGCAUGCUGCGCCUCAAGGAGGAGGAGCUGAUCCAGUCAGAGAACUCGGCCUCCAUCUUCAACACGCUGUCGGAUAUCCCAUCACAGAUUGAGGACGCGGAGCUGCUGCUGCGGGAGGCCAUGCGGCUGGCUGGCUCCCUCACGGAUGUGGCCGUGGAGACCCAGCGCCGCAAACACCUGGCCUACCUCAUUGCAGACCAGGGCCAGCUCCUGGGCACCAGUGCUGCCACCAGCCUCUCACAGGUCGUGCGGCGCAGGAGCCAGCGCAGGAAGUCCGCCUUCACCUCCCUGCUCUUUGGGGAGGAUGACCUGGAGGCACUCAAGGCCAAGAACAUCAAGCAGACAGAGCUGGUGGCCGACCUCCGGGAAGCCAUCCUGCGCGUGGCGUGCCAUUUCCAGUGCACAGACCCCAAAAACUGCAGCGUGGAGCUGACACCAGACUACAGCAUGGAGAGCCACCAACGGGACCACGAGAACUAUGUGGCAUGUUCACGCAGCCACCGACGCCGGGCCAAGGCCCUGCUGGACUUUGAGCGGCACGAUGACGACGAGCUGGGCUUCCGCAAGAACGAUAUCAUCACGAUUAUCUCACAGAAGGAUGAGCACUGCUGGGUGGGGGAACUGAAUGGCCUGAGAGGCUGGUUUCCAGCCAAGUUUGUGGAAGUCCUGGAUGAACGGAGCAAGGAGUACUCCAUUGCGGGGGACGACUCGGUGACAGAGGGGGUCACGGAUCUCGUGCGAGGGACCCUCUGCCCAGCUCUUAAGGCCCUGUUUGAACAUGGGCUGAAGAAGCCGUCCCUGCUUGGGGGUGCGUGCCACCCCUGGCUGUUUAUCGAGGAAGCAGCAGGCCGGGAGGUUGAGAGGGACUUCGACUCCGUGUAUUCCCGCCUGGUGCUCUGUAAGACAUACAGGUUGGAUGAAGAUGGCAAAGUCCUGACCCCAGAGGAGCUGCUCUACCGGGCUGUGCAGUCUGUGAACGUGAGUCAUAAUGCAGUGCAUGCACAGAUGGACGUCAAACUCCGCUCCCUGAUCUGCGUGGGGCUCAAUGAGCAGGUGCUGCACCUGUGGCUGGAGGUGCUCUGCUCCAGCCUGCCGACCGUGGAGAAGUGGUACCAGCCCUGGUCCUUCCUGCGCAGCCCUGGCUGGGUCCAGAUCAAGUGCGAACUCCGCGUUCUCUGCUGCUUUGCUUUCAGCCUUUCCCAGGACUGGGAGCUCCCUGUCAAGAGAGAGGAGGAGAAGCAGCCCCUGAAGGAGGGUGUUCAGGACAUGCUGGUGAAGCACCACCUGUUUAGCUGGGACAUAGACGGGUGACACUCUUCCUCCAGCUGCCCUGUCACACCCAGGCCUCCCUCAACCCAUCAACUACCAAAGCAAGCCUCUCCCUUGAACAGGAAGAGCAGGCCUGCUGUGGGUCUGGGUGUGAGGGGACCCAGGCCCACCCCAAGCUGCAGGGUCCAGGGGAGAGAAACUCUAGAGCCCUGGCUGGGGUCCCAUGAUCAGGGUCCCUCACCCCAGGCUCCCCAGAGCAUCACUGGUGGCAGGAGCAGAAGGUGGGCGCCAGCUCAGCCCCUUUCUCCUGAGUGCCUGGGGAGGGCUCUCCCCUGACAGGGUCCUUAAGGAAGCCCUGGGCCCCAACUACAGUUUGUACCGACCAAACACCUUAUGAGGAGGUGAAGAGCCACAUCUGUCAGUCUUUGCUCAGGAAAGGCAGGUGGGUGGCUAAUGGCAGAUGAAGGCUCCUUGGCCUCUUUGGUUUGUAAAUAAAGUGUGUCUUUGAGAAA